CCAGAAACUUGAUAAAAAUGCCAAAUUAAAAAUCAAAAUAAAUGUGACACUGACACAUGUGUUAUCCGAUAAUGAUCAAAAACAAUAAAAAAAAUUGUCUACCUUACCAAAACAAUUAACAUUUUUAUUGAAUUUAAUGUAUUUAGCAAGAGCAUGAAUGUUAAUUUAUCAUUGUAAUUAAAUAUUAAUUUAAUUACGAAGUUAAGAAGCUAAGCUUCAAGAGAGGCUAAAAUAUUUUUUAUUACUCUAACUUGUUAAUAUUAUGGACGUGCUGGAAGAGGAGAAUCCAUUACAUAUUGAAAUUAAAACGACCAAUGUAGUAAAAGGUUUUAAAAACAAUGUUGGAAGGCCAACUAGAAAGCACGAAAUCCUUUUUAGUGCACCGCCAAAGUCAAUUAUAUCUUUGUUAUUGCGCGAAGAAAAAGAUAAUAAACAGGAGAUCCAAAAUGAAAUAGAAGAAAAAACUGUUGAAGUAGUCAAAAAAUGGACAUGUGAAUUUUGUUCAGAAAGAAUAUUUUACAAGAAGAGUGAAUACAAAAAGCAUCUUAUGACACACAAAGCAUACAAGUGUGAUUAUCCAAAUUGUUCAUAUGCCACAAAGUUUACUUCAAAUCUAAAGACCCAUAAAAGAACCCAUUCUUCUGAUUACCCAUAUGUGUGUGAUCAGUGCACAUUUAGGUCCAAAUUCAUUAACUCAUUAAAAACACAUAAAAGAUUGCAUGACAGCGAGCGACCUUUUGAAUGCCAGCACUGUGAAUAUAAAUGUAAUAGUGGAUCCAAUUUGAAAAAACAUUGCACUCGUAAACAUUCUAAUACUGCAAAUAAUAAUAGAUAAUCACACAAAUUGUACUGUUACUCAAUUUCAAGUACUACUCAUAAUAUUGAAGACUAGCGGACACCCGCGACUUCGUCCGCGUGAAAGUCGAUGUAAACUUUCAUCUACCCCUACCCUACCUUACCCUACCCUACCCUACCCCUACCCUAUUCAUUAAGGCUGCACACGCGACGGAAGCUUAAAAUAUGGAGUAACUUCUCCCGUUUUCCCAACAUUUCCCUUCACUGCUCUGCUCCUAUUGAUGGUAGCAUGAUGAAAAGUAUACUAUAACCUGCCCAGAAGUAUGAAGAACAAUUGUACCAAGUUUCGUUAAAAUCCGUCGAGUAGUUUUUGUUUCUAUUACGAACAUACAGACAGACAGACAGACAGACAGACAGAAAGACAGACAGACAGACAGACAAAAGUUUUACUGAUUGCAUUUUUGGCAUCAGUAUCGAUCACUAAUCACCCCCUGAUAGUUAUUUUGGAAAAAUAUUUCAUGUACAGAAUUGAACUCUCUACAGAUUUAUUAUAAGUAUAGAUCUCUAGCAUUCAUUAAUAUCAUCCACACUAUUAUCACUCAUAUUGCUUACAUGUUGAUAGAAGUAUACAAAAGAUCAUAAUGUACAUUACAUCCAUAAAAUAUUGUCUUUGAGAUAGAUAAAAUGUAUACAUAGGAGUGAAGUCACAAGCAAGUACAUGAAAUAAAUUAUUAGAAAUUAUACCUCUCAUAAUGUCAUUAAUUUAACCAAAAUGAUUGUUACGUAACACAUUCAUUUACUUGUUAUUAUUCCAAUGUAAAUAAUAUAAAUAAUUAAAACACUUGAAUAAAAAAUAGUUACAUUUCAAAGCAGUUGUAUUUCUUCUAAUGAGCUACCUUACAGUACACAAUAAUAACUGGUAUAAAUAUUGUCACCCAAUAAGGCUGUCUUAAAAUAAGCAAUUAUAACACAUAGAUAUAGAUAACCAUUUUGUAUUCCUUUCUAUAGGCGAGGUUAUAAAUUGGAGCAGUACAUUAAUACUAAUUCUGAACGUCUUGGAACCAUUUGUCAGUGACAGUGUUCAGUGAAGUCUACUACCACUGAUUCACGCCAGCCGAAGAGGAAGUAACCAGUCGCAGAUCCGAG